AUGGAAUCACUUCCACGUACUCCCACAAAAGGCAGAUCUACGCAGCAUCUCUCGACACCAUCGCCGAAGAAUGAUAUUUUAGCUAUGAAUGGCCACAAAAGAAGAAAUACAACAACUCCACCGCCUAAGCACACUCUUCUGAAGCCGCAACGUACGGAUAUUCAUAGACACUCAUUAGCUAGUCAGAGUCGCAUAUCCAUGUCACCUAAUCGCGAGCUUUUAAAGAAUUAUAAAGGUACAGCAAAUUUGAUUUAUGGAAACCAGAAAAGCAACUCCGGUGUAACUUCCUUUUAUAAAGAAAAUGUUAAUGAACUCAAUAGAACACAAGCAAUCUUAUUUGAGAAAAAGGCAACACUAGAUUUACUCAAAGAUGAACUAACAGAAACGAAAGAGAAAAUCAAUGCCGUUAAUCUCAAAUUUGAAACCCUUCGUGAAGAAAAGAUAAAAAUUGAACAGCAACUGAAUUUGAAAAACAAUGAACUUAUCUCGAUUAAAGAAGAAUUUUUGUCAAAGAAGCAGUUCAUGAAUGAAGGACAUGAAAUACAUUUAAAGCAGCUAGCGGCAUCUAAUAAAAAAGAGCUGAAACAAAUGGAAAAUGAAUACAAAACAAAAAUUGAGAAAUUGAAAUUUAUGAAGAUUAAACAGUUUGAAAAUGAAAGAGCGUCGCUUUUAGAUAAAAUAGAAGAGGUAAGAAAUAAAAUCACCAUGAACCCUUCCACUUUACAGGAAAUGUUGAACGAUGUUGAACAAAAGCAUAUGCUUGAAAAAGAAGAAUGGCUUACAGAGUACCAAUCGCAGUGGAAAAAGGAUAUAGAGCUGAAUAAUAAACAUAUGCAAGAAAUCGAAAGCAUAAAAAAGGAAAUCGAAAAUACAUUAAAACCUGAGUUGGCAGAAAAAAAGAAGCUCUUAACAGAAAAGCGUAACGCGUAUGAAGCUAUCAAAGUAAAAGUUAAAGAAAAGGAAGAGGAAACUACAAGGCUGAGAGAUGAGGUGGCAUUAAAACAGAAAACUAAUUUAGAAACUUUGGAAAAGAUCAAAGAACUUGAGGAAUAUAUAAAAGACACUGAACUGGGUAUGAAGGAGUUGAAUGAAAUUCUGAUUAAAGAGGAAACGGUUAGACGCACAUUGCAUAAUGAGUUACAAGAGUUAAGAGGAAAUAUACGAGUUUAUUGUAGGAUUCGUCCAGCUCUAAAAAAUUUGGAAAAUUCUGAUACUAGCCUUAUUAAUGUUAAUGAAUUUGAUGACAAUAGUGGUGUUCAAUCUAUGGAAGUGACGAAAAUACAAAACACAGCGCAAGUGCAUGAAUUCAAAUUUGAUAAAAUAUUUGAUCAACAGGAUACAAAUGUGGAUGUUUUUAAAGAAGUUGGUCAGUUAGUGCAAAGUUCAUUAGAUGGAUAUAAUGUUUGUAUCUUCGCAUACGGACAAACAGGAUCUGGGAAAACUUUCACGAUGUUAAAUCCAGGUGAUGGUAUCAUUCCGUCCACAAUAUCUCAUAUAUUUAACUGGAUCAAUAAAUUAAAGACAAAAGGAUGGGAUUAUAAAGUUAACUGCGAAUUCAUUGAGAUCUACAACGAGAACAUCGUAGACUUAUUGAGAAGUGAUAAUAAUAAUAAAGAAGACACAAGCAUUGGCUUAAAGCACGAAAUACGUCAUGAUCAGGAAACUAAGACUACCACGAUAACGAAUGUUACGAGUUGCAAGCUUGAGUCGGAAGAAAUGGUGGAAAUAAUCCUGAAAAAAGCAAAUAAAUUAAGAUCCACCGCUAGCACAGCAUCAAAUGAGCAUUCCUCCCGUUCACACAGUAUUUUCAUAAUUCAUUUGUCUGGAUCAAAUGCAAAAACUGGAGCACACUCGUAUGGCACACUAAAUCUUGUUGAUUUGGCCGGUUCCGAAAGAAUAAAUGUCUCUCAAGUUGUAGGGGAUAGAUUAAGAGAAACACAAAAUAUAAAUAAAUCUUUAAGUUGCUUAGGUGACGUUAUUCAUGCUUUAGGUCAGCCUGAUAGUACCAAAAGACAUAUACCGUUCAGGAACUCAAAACUGACAUACCUACUGCAAUAUUCACUCACUGGGGAUUCGAAAACAUUAAUGUUUGUAAACAUUUCACCAAGCUCCUCUCAUAUUAAUGAGACUCUCAAUUCGUUAAGAUUUGCGUCUAAAGUGAAUUCUACCAGAUUGGUUAGUAGAAAAUGA